UCUCCUCUCCUUAUAUAUAUAUAUAUAUAUAUAUAUAUAUAUAUAUAUAUAUAUAUAUAUAUAGCCCACCAUACUUUACUAGUUUUUAUAACACUGCUAAAAUCCUUUGCGAGCCACAGCUUAAAAGCUGCUCCUUCAUGAUUGGACUGUUCCAUUUCCUGGGUUAAUUGGAUGCUUCUGAUAUGCACUCUCCCCUUGUUUUGCUUCUGGGAGUUGUGGUAGAUGGGUUUGUGCUGUGGAAGCAAAUUAUCUAAUCUCUGAUCAAAGUUUCUGAUCUGUUAUGUGGAAGAUGAAAUGAGCUCUCUUUGAUUUCCAGAGAAUAUCAUCAUAAAAGAAUCAAAUAAGUUAUGUCCUUGAGUUUCAUUCCUCUUUAGUUUCAACUUUGUGGAGAUCUUGCAAUUCAAGUUCACACGCUUCUUAGAUUUAUCCAAGAAUGAGGUACAUGGACAGAAACGGUUUCCGGGUGUGCGAUUUUCAACUUAUCUAAUCUUUGAUCAAAGUUACUGGUCUGUUAUAUGUAGCUGAAAUGAAUCUCUUCGAUUUACAGAGAAUAUUAUCAUGACAGAAUCAAAGAAGUUACUUCCUUGAGUUUCAUUCCUCUUUAGUUUUAACUUUGUGGGGCUCUUGCAAUUCAAGUUCACACACUUCUUAGAUUUAUCCAAGAAUGAGGUACACGGACAGAAACGGUUUCCGGGUGUGCGAUUUUGGGGCUCUGCUUGUCAUCUUAACAUGUUCAUGCUUUCUGAGGACUGCUUCUGGAGACCCGCGAACGGCCUCCGCCGGUCAGUUCUGCGGCAACAGUUCGUCGCUCUCCGGUUCUGUCUUCGCCAUCAAUUUUGUGCCUGCCAUGGACAAUCUGAGCUCCGCAGUUACGAGCAACGGAUAUGGAACGGCAGUGAUGGGGCAAGCCCCGAAUGCUGUCUUCGGACUUGGCCAAUGCAUGGAGGACCUGAAUCCGACAGACUGUAAGCUUUGCUUCUCGGAGAUUCGGUCUCUGUUACCGAAGUGUUACCCUAACACCACUGGUAGGUUGUAUCUUGAUGGAUGCUUCGGAAGAUACGCGAAUUACUCGUUCUUUAACGACGCAAUUGACUCACUGGAUCAGAGUGUUUGUACUACCGGAAAUAACAGCGCGAGUCCGAACGAUUUUGGUAAAGCCGUGGGAGCAGUGAUCGGCAACGUGACCACAGAAGCGAUUCGGAGCAACAAGGGGUAUGCGGUCGCGUCUGCGUCGGUUGCGAAUACGUCAGCUUACGCGCUUGCUCAGUGUUGGCAGAAUCUGAGUCAGUCUCUGUGCAGCACUUGCCUGAAUGCCGCAGCGUCCUCGAUUGUGUCGUGCCUGCCGGCCGUGGAGGGCCGUGCGCUCUUCGCCGGUUGCUACAUGAGAUACUCGACGAAGCUCUUCUGGAAUGUAUACCCAAAUGGAUCAGGCUCUUCAGGAACCAACAAUGUUGUUUGGAUAGUAGUGGGUUCUGUCCUCGGCGUUCUUUUCCUUAUUUUUGUGAUUUUGGCGUCGAAGAAAGCAUUUCUCUGGAGAAAAGCAAAAGCUUUGAGAGAUAUGUACAAGGCGGGAAUUCCUGCAGCGAUUUCUCAAUCUAGUUUAACUUUCAAGUACGAAGAUCUAAGAAAAGCUUCAGGCAACUUUAGCGUGUCGAACAAACUUGGUCAAGGGAGCUAUGGGACAGUAUAUAAAGCCGUUCAUCCUGACGGAAAAGAAGUUGCUGUAAAGAGGCUGUUUCUGAAUACAAGACAGUGGGUUGAUCAGUUCUUCAAUGAAGUUAAUCUGAUAAGUCAAGUUCGGCACAAAAAUCUGGUUAAGUUGUUGGGCUGUAGUGUCGACGGCCCCGAGAGCUUGCUUGUGUACGAGUACUACGCUAAUCGAAGCCUCGAUCUGUUUUUAUUUGAUGCAAAUCAUGAAAAGAAUUUAGGGUGGGAGCAGAGGAUUGAUAUCGUUCAAGGCGUCGCGGAAGGACUUUCGUACCUGCAUGAGGAGUCGGAGACCCGCAUCAUCCACCGAGACAUAAAGGCCAGCAACAUUCUCUUGGACGACAAAUUCAAGCCCAAAAUAACAGAUUUUGGCCUCGCCAGAGCUUUCUCCGAGGAGAAGACACAUCUUACUACCGGAGUCGCCGGAACACUGGGUUAUUUGGCACCUGAAUAUGUAGUGCAUGGACAUCUCACGGAGAAGGCCGAUGUAUACAGCUACGGUGUGCUGGUUCUUGAAGUCGUGACGGGGAAAAGAUGCGGAGGUUCAAUAGGAUCACGCGCAGGGCAUCUGCUUUUGUCAAAGGUAUGGAACCAUUACAAGAACAAUACGAUAGAGGAGAUCGUGGACGAGGGAAUCUACGAGGAGAGCGCAAAGGAGGACAUAAUGCAUCUCAUCCAGAUUGGUCUAUUAUGCACGCAAGCCAACCCGGGAGACCGGCCCACGAUGGCGAAGGUGGUGGAGCUGCUGAGAAAGCGGCGGCACGACUGGGAGCUUAUAUUAAACGACCCGCCGUUUUUUGACGUCGAAACCGCUGAAGAUGUUGACGACGCGGACGUCUCGCGGCUGUUGUCCACAAGCUCUGCUCCAAAUAUCUCCAGAUCAUCUCUGUCUCAGUUUGGUGGAAGAUAGAAACAGAAAACCGUGCUCCGAGUUUUACAGUACAUAUCGCGGAUUGAGCUAGUUAAUUGUGUUGCUUUAUUUUUCACUUAACUCCAUCAAGGCAUGCAUUUCACAUGAAUACAUAUAUACAAACUGGAUUUGAUGUAAAUUCUUUGCUUGCUGGUCCAGAUAAAGAGAAACUGAAUAAGUGCGGGUAAUUCGUGUA